UGCCCAUCCUGGCUAAUAGCCAUUUAUGGACCUAUUCUCCAUGAACUUAUCUAAUUUAUUUUUUAAACUCUGUUAUAGUUUUGGCCUUCACAAAAUUGGUCUCUGCCGGCAUCACUUUGGCACUUUUCACAAGCACUGAGUAUACUAAAACAAUUAAGAAAAUAAAAUUCUUGCUAAGUUAUGCCCAAGCAAUGCCCUGUCCAGCUUUCCCCAAAGUGCAGCCAGACCCUGCUUAAAUCUCUACGGCUGGUAGCUGCUGUUUCACCUAAAGCAGUGUGGCUCAUCCUUGCAGAGAAAGGAGAGGGUGUGUAGGGGAGAGAGAAAAGGCAGGACAGAGAGAAUCUCCCGGGAGAUGCAAAACAAGCUCCCUGGAUUGCUAGGACUAGUGGUGACACGCGCCAGACAAAGGAGCUGGCAUUCUAUAAAUGAGGCAGCCAGCAUCAGCAAUUGGCUGAUUGCAGCGAGAGCAGCCUCUCUGUCCAGGGUCUGUGAGAGCAAAGAGAAAGGAGGGGAAAUCAUCCUAUUCUGCUGGAAGUUCACUGGCUGAACCAGGUUUCAAGAGCAGCAAGCACCUGUGUUUGGGAAAAGCCUUGAGUAUGACCAGAAAGAUCUUCACCAACACCAGGGAGCGAUGGAGGCAGCAAAACGUCAACAGCGCCUUUGCCAAGCUGAGGAAGCUCAUCCCCACCCACCCUCCAGACAAAAAACUGAGUAAGAAUGAGACACUCCGCUUGGCCAUGAGGUACAUCAACUUCCUUGUCAAGAUCCUGGGGGAGCAGGGCCUGCCUCAGACAGGAGUGACUGCCCGGGGGAGUAUACUGGGGCUGUUCCAACAAGCCCCACAUUUGCAGAGUAUGGAGGAACUGACUCUGAUUGAAGACUGUGGAGUCCCUUCUCCAGGCACAAGCAGCAAUAUUGCAGAGUGCUGGUCAGAGUCGUCGUCUCCCUAGCAGGCAAUGAGUGAUGCAGUCCUGGUGUUAGUUUGAUAGUCUCCUUUGCAUAACUUGUGGAUUGUUUGCCUCUGUACAGUAUUUAUUUAUAUCUAUUACUGUUGCAUUAAAUAUAUUUUUAUUUAAAAGGAAAGGAGGUGGAAGAAGGACAAUGGCUUGGCUGAAUAGGGUGUGGGACCCUUUGAAUCCUUGCAAAUUCCCAUGUAGUGAUUUCACAGAUUCAUGGAAAAAAUCAAAGCCAAGAGGGGACCAUUAUGAUCUGAGCCUCUGUAUAACAGAGGCCAUAGAAUUUCAUCCAGUUAUAGCUGCAGUGGAAGAGAUUAUUCUUCCUUGCUACGUAAGGCUUGUGGCUCAGCUAGCGUGUUUCACUUAAACAAUAUCCAGCCUCGACUGAAAGGUUCCAAGCGAUGGAGCAUUUACCACAUCCCUUGGUCAGCAGUUCCAAGUUAAGAGUUUACAUCUUAUUUCUGUAUUGAAUUUUUCUAACAUGUAGCUUCCAGCUGCUGGUCUUGCUUUGCCUUUGUCUGUUAGACUGAAGGGCUCUCUAACAUCAGAAUGAAGCACAAAUGAGUAUAUAAAAACCAGCCACCAAGAAAUUAAAACCGAAAUGCCAGCUAUGUUGAAAGAAGAAAUGUUAUGGGCGAAGUUUCAGCAGAUGCAGUGGAUAGAGUCCAUCAGCAAAUCUAUACCCAGCUGUGGGAGCACCGGGGCCGAGGAACUGGCCGUCCUCAUUCUGGCUCCAUUCAAAAUCCGCUCCUCUGACCUUCCAUGGCAGGACUUAAAGGGCCAGGAGGUAGCCUUAUGAACAUGAAUCCCUUGGCCCAGCAAAGGCCCCUGUAUGCAAACGUCUAGGCAAAUUCCACACCACCUGCAGACCAUGCCAAACAAGAGCAGGAAGUGGGGACUCUGUGAAGCUGUUGCUGGCCUGAAUACAGGCCUGCAUGAGCCCAGAUUUUUCAGCAAAUAUGUGUGGCCAUUUGGCACGCUUCCAGUGGUUCUCAAACGAUAGGGUGGGCCUCCCAAGGGAGGCACGGGAAUGUGUCAAGGAUUGUGCACACUCUGGUUGUGUGGGUUGGGUUUUUUUAAGCACUCUGGGCUCUGGCUGUCAGUCCCGUAUGGCUGGGGCUCGUGCAGAAGGGCUGUGCACACCCGGGAAGCAGGGAUAAAGGGGACAGGCAGAGCCUUGCCGCCCCCCUCAGUCCCUCACUGGAAGGCAGCUGUGGCAUGAGCUCUCCUUCCCCCCUCCUCAAUCCCUCACUGAGGCAGUCUGGGCUCAGGCUGUCCUUUCCCCACACUCCCAAUCCCUCACUGGAUGUGGUGGGGCUCUGACUGUCAGUCGGCGUGUCUGUAGCAACGCAGAAGUAAGGGCAGCAAUGGGGCACUAAGUCUGCUGUGAAUGGUGAAAUUGAUGCAUCCGAUGAAGUGAGCUGUAGCUCACGAAAGCUUAUGCUCAAAUAAAUCUGUUAGUCUCUAAGGUGCCACAAGUACUCCUUUUCUUUUUGCGAAUACAGACUAACACAGCUGCUACUCUGAAACUUUUCACAUUGCCACCCUCACUUCUGUGCUGCUACUGGCUGGGCUUCUGGCCAGCAGCUGCUGCUCUCUGCUCUGUCUUUAGAGCUGGGGUGGCGGUAUAUGUACUGGGGGAUCACAUAAACGACUACAGACAUGAAGAAGAGGGCCUGAUCAAAUAAGUUUGAGAACCACUACUGUAGGGAAUACCUAAAUUAUAUAGCAGAUACUGAGAUGAUAACAUUUAGGUAUCUCAGGCAAUUGUCAGGUGUUUAAGGAUGACCACGUGGAGUGGGAGAGCAAUUGCACUGUAGAAUGUUGCUCACCAAUCAGUUCAUUUGAGUAUCGGAGUUGCCCUCCUGCAUCAGCAAAGAUCUGAACAGCUCAUAGGUGUUAAAAAUCAACUUGAACAGCAGGUAGAAAGUCUAGGGAUUCAAACGUAAAGGGUUUCUGGGUCAAAUCCUGCUCCUGCUGCAGUCACUGACAAAACGCUCAUUGAGUUCACAGAGAUCGGGAGGUGCACGCAAACCUGAGAUUGAAGUACAUUCAUUAUGGUUCAACAAGUGGAAGUGACCCGUGCUCUGCCAGAUCUCCUGGGCUGCUUCUGCCUCCUAGUGAGAAGAUGAGCCAUCUUCAUAAACUGUAGUUAGGGCUUUGAAUGCAUUAUAGCUUGCAACAUUUACGCUUGUAGCACAGGGAAUCUGUCACCCGAUGAUGAGUUUCCUAUCAGAAUCACACACACCUAACAUGCAAACAUCUCCACAUUCCCUAUAUAUUCAUUUGUCUCAGGGGAGCUGACAAGGAAAAGAUUUGGCCCAGCUGGGCAUGGUUUUUUGCUGAUCUGAACACUUACGAAAACUGAAGUUUGUCAAAAACAUUUCUGCUGUGGCUCUGUGAUUGCUGCUGUAUUGCACAGUGGAGCUAGCAGAAAUAUUUCAAAUACUGACAAAAAAAUUUUAGUGAACAAUUAAUUUUAUUUUUCAAAGAGCUCUGGUUUCCAGCCUAGUUACUCCUAAAUUUCGGCACUUUGAGGACAUGAAAUGAGUGAAGUGGAAACAUCUGAGUGGAAACACGGCAAGAGUCUUUUUCAUGAUCUAUGAAGUUCAUGCUUUAUCCUUUCCUAUGCCCACUUGAAUGUGGCUACUUGGAUUGAUAUUGUCUAUUCUAGGUAUAGGCUCAACUGUAAUGGACUAGCUUCUCAUCCUGUGUAUCUGUUGGCUUCAAUGGAAUUACACCAAGGAUUUGGCCAAAUAGGUGUAAACAUUUACAUGUGAGGAUUGUUGGUGCUAUUCUUUCCAUCAGCCCAUUGCUAUCAUUGGAAAUGUUUUCUCAUCAGCAAAGCAAGUCAAAGUAGAUCCAUUCUUUGAACUGAAGUAUUGUUGUCAAGGAAAGGGAAGAAGCCUAGCAAUUAAGUAAUGUGAAAUGCUUGUUAUUUAUAUAUUGAAAACUUUUCUUACUUUUGGUUCAAAUGUUUUUUGUUCUCUUUUCAUUUAGGAUCUCCUACUCGGAGGUACAGCAUGUGUGUGACUAGAUUUAUCUACCAAAGAUUUGUUUGUCAGGACUUCUCUUCGUUUUUUGUGAUUUCUUAUCUGUAUGGCUGUGAACAAAUAUGGUGUAACUGAUCACAUUUUGUUGUAUACAGUGUUAUUUAACUGCUAAUAUAUUCAAAAUAAAUUAUUUAAGAAACUAACCUUUUUAUCUUUCUAAAAUUUACUCUUAAAUUCAAAAACAUCUGGCAGGGGAUAUCAAAAAGUAAAGCAGAAUGAAUUAUAACAACCAGGAUCAUUUUCAUGUUCAGCAUCAACAUGCAUGCUUCUGAUACUUCAGAAUAGUUACCAGCAAUGCUUAGAAGUUAGAGAUGGUCCAAAAACCAAGGACAAAACAAACCACACCCCUAUAUUUUUUUUUGGAAAAUGUUCUACUUUUUUUUUGGUCAACUUUUCAUCAAAGUGUCAAUGUUUGAAAGAUUAUGGCCAGCUCUUUGGUUGAUCAAAAGUUUAUAGAUCAGUAAAAUGUGUUGCAAAAUGUUAAUUUUCCACCAAAAAUUUCACAAUUCAAAAGAUUCAAACCAGCUCUGUUUAGAAAAAGUAGAGGUUCGUCUGUAAGACCACAAAACUGGGACCCAGUUGCGGAUUUUGAACACCCCAACAGACGGGGAUGUCAGAUAGGGAUUACUUGCCAGUUCUUAUUGGGAUCCGGUUUGAAUUCAGAUAUCCCCAAAGCUCAGUGAUGCUUGGAAUCCAGAGUUUGUUUCUGGCCCAUGCCUGUGUCCCAAAGGGUUGGUUUUACAAUCUAGUCCCCAGUGGUUGUUGGAUGGGGUCUAGGAAGGCCAGGGGUGGCAAUGCUGUGGUGAAAAGAUAAGAAGAGGGUCUCUGUGACUGGGAGAUGGGGUAGCAGGGACUCGUGCCUGCUGUGGGAUUCAUUCCAAUUACAGGAAUGGAGGCUCUGAGAACUUGGAUCUGUUAACUUCAAUGGAAGAUUUGCUUGAAAAAAGCAUGAUUGGGCCCAAAGGGCUCUGGAGGAAGAAAUCUGGGGCCUGAAUCUCAUUUACACUCAUGCCCCUUAAAAUCACCAGUGUAGGGUAAAGCAGCCUCAGUGUUAGAAGAAUAAGACCUAUCGUUUUAAGGCCCCUGCAGAGCUUCCCACUGGACACCAACAAUUUCUGUAAAGCGGGGCUGUGUGACACAGUGUGUGUGACCUGCGCAAGGCAUGGCUGAUACCAGUCAGUUCUGUGUUCUUGGGGAACCAGGGUGCAACACCUGAACAUAGCCAUAUAUGAACAACAUACCCUCAUAUCUCAAUGUCUGUACUUUGACCCGUUAACCUUUUACUACCAAUCGGGGAUAUUGCAGAUUAUAUAUUCCUUAUGCCAUUUGAGCUUAAACCGAACUUUGCACCCCUUGAUAAUCUGUACCUUAUUCUCUGAUAACCAGAAACUUCUACACUUAAACUCUGUACCAUUUCUUUAUUUUAACAUCAUCUUAAUAAAAUUAUUAAAUCU